AUGGCUGACGACGAGAAUGAGCCCGGGUCACCUCGCGCGCGGCCCCGCAGGACCGAGGUCCAGGCCGAGGAUCUUACCACCUCCCCGUCCCGUCCCAAGUCCGCGACCGCUGAUGCGUCCACCUUCCUCAUAGGCGCGUACGCGAAGUACGAUCGACCGUACGUCUGGCUCCGGGAGGGAGGCCGGAUCAGAUCCGACGGUACGGGCGCAGAUGACCUUCCCCUCGACCUCAACACGCUCAGGCGCAAGAGUGUGGGACGUGGCAGAGGAACUGGUGGGGAUGAACGUUUUUCCAACUCCACCCAACGCGUUCGCGGUGGAUCAUGGCGCGAUCAAACGGAUGGAGGCGGGGGAGAGGUUUCUCGCCGCGGGCGCCAUGGUUGGAUUUUUGCACGACAUCCUAGAGGCAGGGGCGCGGCGGGGGGGUUCGGGGCGGGACGGGAAGGCACGCGGGGAGGUUUUCGUGGCCCUGGUGGAAGAAGAUAUCGACAAACUGGUGGCGGCGCACCUCGCAGAGGUGCCCCAAGCACUUUUGGAUCGCAAUAGACCUUAGAAUUUGAUAAACUGGCGGGCGUCGGCAGAACGAACCCCUUGCACCUGUCUACGCCAUGGCAGCGGCGAGUUGCUCCGUUAGCCUGUCCACCUCCAUUCGCAGACCCUGCACCCUAUCCUUGAGUUCCUCAUUUUCCUCGCUCGUCUCCCCCAUCAGUUCGAGCGCGUCGAUGUGCCUCCCCUCCAGCUCCUGAAGCUCCGCCCUCAGCUGCCUGGGGUCGCCGGCUUCGUCCAUGAGCUGGGUCUGUCGCACGAGUUCGUCCGACAACGCGCGCUCGGACGCCUCGAGCUGCUUCACCCUGUCCUGAACGAUCGUAAUCUCCACCUCUUUGCUCCUGAUCUGGCGCUGGAGCUCCUCGGUGGCUCGCAUCACGGCGAGCUCCGCCCCGCCCGAACCGGCGGUGUUGACGCUCCGCGCGGCUCGGUCCAGCGCCGCCUGAACGGUGUCCCGGACGCCAUCCCCGGAAGUUUUCGCCCUGUUCGCCGCCCUGACCUCCUCCUCGCGCUC